GUCAGCAACAUGGAACCAGGAAAUCAAACAAGUGUUUCAGAGUUUUUACUUCUGGGAUUUUCCCAAGACUCAGAGCAUCUGCCCAUCCUAUUUGCGCUGUUCCUCUCCAUAUACCUGGUCACCGUACUUGGGAACCUGCUCAUCAUUGUGGCCAUCAGCUCUGACUCCCGCCUCCACACCCCCAUGUACUUCUUCCUGUCCAACCUGUCCUUUGUUGACAUCUGCUUCACCUCCACCACCGUCCCGAAAGCGCUGGUGAACAUCCAGACACAGAGCAAAGCCAUCACCUAUGCAGGCUGCAUCGCCCAGGUGUACUUUUUCCUGGUUUUUGGAGGUAUGGACACUUUUCUCCUCACCGUGAUGGCCUAUGACCGGUUUGUGGCCAUCUGUCACCCCUUGCACUACCCAGUCAUCAUGAACCCCCGCCUCUGUGGCCUCCUGGUUCUCGUGUCCUGGUCUAUCAGCUUAACAUACUCCCUGAUCCAGAGUCUGUUGAUAUUGCGGCUGUCUUUUUGCACUAACUGGGUGAUUUCACACUUUUACUGUGAACUCACUCAGGCCCUCGCUAUUGCCUGCUCGGACACACUCAUCAAUCACAUCCUGCUGUAUACAGUGACUGGCCUUCUUGGAAUUGUCCCCUUCUCAGGGAUUCUUUUCUCCUAUAUUCGAAUUGUCUCCUCCAUCCUGAGAAUCCCAUCAGCAGAUGGGAAAUAUAAAGCAUUUUCUACCUGUGGGUCCCACCUGUCUGUGGUUUCUUUAUUCUACGGGACAGGCCUUGGUGUGUAUCUCAGUUCUGAUGCACCUUCCUGGAGGGGCAUGAUUGCCUCCGUGAUGUACACUGUGAUCNGCAUGAUUGCCUCCGUGAUGUAUACUGUGAUCACCCCAAUGCUGAACCCCUUCAUCUAUAGCCUGCGGAACAGGGACAUCAAGAGGGCCCUACAAAAAGUUCUUGGAACACUUGUCCUGGGGUUUUAA